AGCAGAUACGGCAGAUACAGAAGCAAGAGCGUAAAUUCACCACGCUUAAAUAUUUCCAUUCAGAACUGUGAAAGUCUUGAAACAUCUUCACGAUAAACAUUUUUGAACUAAACUGAUUCUCACUUCCAAAAACAUAGUUAAAUUUUGAAUGUGGAAAUUUUUAAAUAGUGACAAUUCACGACUUACUAAUCUUUGAAAAUUUAAAACGUAACGGAACAGAUUAUAGAGGAAUUUGAAAUAGAUAUAACUGCCCUUCUAUCUUUUCCUUUAAACGUCCAUGGAAGUGAAAACAAAAGACGAAUCUCUCAAAAUUUCACACAAGUUUGUUCCAUUCCUCGUCGUACCCCAAGCGAGCACGUGUGUGUCGAAAUGUUUCAGCGUGCCGAACAAAGCCGAGCACGAACGAAGUCCCAUUAAAACUCUUCGCUCUAGUCAGUUCAGUGAGCAUUCAGACGCUGGUUCCACUCCGUGAUGUAACACACGUUUAGUAUCGGUUCGCAACCAUAACGAAAGUGAAAAACAAAACUUCUGCCCUGUAGAACCGGUAGUAGCUACUUCCAGUCCCAGUGUGUGGGACAAUUUACAACCCGAAAUUGAGCCGGUUAGCCAUAAAUCUGAGCUUUUAAUCGCGAACGCGCAUCGUCGCCGGCGUCCGAAAACUAAAAUCUCGUCGUCGCAAAUCGCAUCGGAUUCGUGCUGGUGACCUUCGUCAAAUAGUCACCGAAUUGUGUAAGCAUCGAUGGGGACCCGAUUGCAGCUUGGUUGGUUCAGAUCUUCUGGAGCAGUUCUUGUGGCGGUGGUUUUCUGCUUAGUAACCGCCGGUUCGCUCGUUGCCUCACAAGGAAUUGAAGCCAUUCCACCCAAGCUAUAUGCAAAGCUCCCUUCCAGUAAUGUACCACUCCUUUGCCGUAGUAACAAACCCGCCACCAGCUGCAGCGUUAGAAUUCCCGGCUAUUCCAACACCUAUGACGUCCACGAGCUUCCCAAUGGGAUCGAAUACUACGGCGAAAGCUUACAGCGUGGCGAGUGCGGGAUCAUGUUCAACUCGCUUAAGUCCACUAACUUGGGCAAAUUCCAGUGUAACAUGACCAUCGACGGAGAGGUAUUCCAACAGUCGAUCGUUAUCGAAGCCGCCUUGAGUCCGGAACCAACUGAUCUGGCUAUUGGCGAAGGAACAAUCCUCGAACAGGGAGCGUUUGCACCGAAUCAAACAUUGCGGGUGACUUGCAGUUCCAACAAUGCCAAUCCCGCUUCCAAUCUGACGUGGCUGUUGGACGAAGAGCCUAUUGACCCGUCUAACCUUGGCCCCUUGGAAACCAGCGAAAACGUUGACUCCCGAGGAAGGAAGUUAGUAUCGGUAUCGCAGCAGUUGAACUACUUUAUCACACUGAAAGACUAUGGGAAGAAGAUCAUUUGUCGGGCGGAGCAUUUCGCGAUUCAGAAAGGCUUCUUCCGAGGAUUCCUGCCGCUCAAUUUCCGAUUUCAACCCGAGCCAGUGCCAACGAUCAAUAUCGGUGAAACGAUGAUCAACGUGACAAUCAAAGCCAAUCCACGCCCCACCACGUCUUGGAAGAUAAACGACAUGACGGUCGUUGAAGGUCAAAGCUUGGGACCGUACCAAGCCUACAUACCCAAAGAUUUGGGUUUCGGCAACUACUUGGUCCUGCUGAGGAUCAACGAGCCAACGAACCAAUCGGAGCUGAUCGAGCUCACCGCCAGCAACGAGCUGGGAUCUCGAGGAUACGUGAUCAGAGCGCAGAAGAUCGAACCAACGGCGCCCGGACGGGGGACCACCACCUUCUGGCUCAUCAGUAUAUGGACUUAUCUGUGCUCUGUGAUAGUGACCUGUGUGUUGAGAAUGCCAUGAGCUAAAACAGUUCCUUCAUCUUAAGCCGCGAGAUGUUUUUCCCUUCUGCGGGCGUUCGAGAUCGGUUUUGCUCAUUGGUUGAGAGCUCAACCCAUGAGCAAAACUAGACUCCUUACGCCGCAGGGGGAUUCAGUAUUAAUUAUAGUGUUUCCUACCCGAGAGUUUUGUCCGAAGAGUGGUUUGCGUCGAGAAAUGAUCUCGAAUUUAACGAAGAACGGCACUUACUUUAAUUAUCGAAGGUAAACGUGAUCUCUAUAAAGGAGAUUUGAAUUUAUUUAUCAAUACCUUCGAUUUAUUGAAUAUUUAAUAAAACCAAAUUGCAUUUAAAUCGCCAUGAUUACCCAAAUUUUCCUAAAGAGUCGGACCAGAUUCGAAAAUCGGGCUUUGGAAACACUACUUGUAAAAAUAACUUCAUGAGAUAUGAAUGUCAACAAGAAUGUUACUUCAUCGUUUAUACAUUUUCUUCAUUUUUUUUCUAGAAACAGUCAUAAGUGAACGUUAGUGUAGGAUAUUUAUUUAUUGAAUAUAGAGUAUAACAGUGUCGACAAAUCCGAGGCAGCCAAUAAAGAUUUCAGUUGCUUUUCAAACGGGGAAAGAGCAAUGCAACA